UACUGGCUGUAGAGGAGUGGCUGCAGGUUCCAUCACAAGCUGAAGAGCAGCCUGCCAGGCACCCUUCCUGUGAGCCCGGGCAGCGACGAUGACCUGCCCUAGGAUCACCACUCCCUCUACGUGGACGUAAUAACCACAUAGAAGUACCUGCAAAAUUGGGCAGUGGCCGCUUACAGUUCCAGGUGGAUAGAAUGCACUGUGGCUGUGUCCCCAGCUCGUACUGGAUACCAGGUUUGGCUUUCCCGGACUGGGCGUACAAGGCGGAGUCCAGCCCAGGCUCCCGCCAGAUCCAGCUGUGGCACUUCAUCUUGGAACUGUUGCAGAAGGAGGAGUUCCGCCAUGUCAUUGCCUGGCAGCAGGGGGAAUACGGAGAGUUUGUCAUCAAAGACCCGGAUGAAGUGGCCAGGCUGUGGGGCCGGCGGAAAUGUAAACCUCAGAUGAACUAUGACAAGCUGAGCCGGGCACUCAGGUAUUACUACAAUAAAAGAAUACUGCACAAGACAAAAGGAAAGAGAUUUACCUAUAAGUUCAACUUUAGCAAGCUCAUCUUCAUUAACUACCCAAUGAUAGACAUGAGACGUCCUACGCCGCCCGUUCUGGUGGGGAGCAGUGUGUGCCGCUCAGCCGUGCCGCCAUGUGGUCCUCACUGGGAGGUUCUGCAAAACUCCCUCCUUGCACAAAAGCUGUUAGCCGAUCAGCUCGCUUGCUGCAGAUCAUUCCAGAACCCAAUGGACUAUGACGGCACCUCAGAGAAGAAGGAGCCGGGGACUGGGAGGUGUACCUUGGUACCCACUCCCUGUUAUUCUGGAACCUGCUGCCAUUUCGGCCGUCUCCACGUGCCAGCCUCCACCGCCGACAGCGACAGUCCACCUCCUCGCUCCGGCCAGUCCCCCUAUUUAUCCCCUCAAGGUGGUCUGCCAGGCUCGACGGAGUGGCAGUUGUGUGCUAGCCAUUUGUUCCACCAAGGUCAGACAUUCAUGUCUUUGGAAGAGAGGAUCCAAAGCCUUAGUCAACGGGGACUACAUGGCAGACUAACAGGGGUAAACCUCUGCCAUCCUUUUUUGGGGCAAAGGAUAAUGCCACCCAACCAAACCCUGCCCAUGCCAUCAACAUUGAUGGCAGCUGAACCUCUGAAAGAGCCAUGCCAGGCUACUUCCACUGUGAAACCUGAACCAGAGAUUACGUUUCGGUCGUUAGAGGAGGAAGAGGAGGACAAGUUUCAGGACUUUGGUGGAAGUUCCAAGGUUUCUCUGAGCCUGUCUGAAGGCCACAAUGUAAGGAGUAAGAGGCUCUCUGACAGCGCAGAUCUCACCUGCACAAACUGGCUGCUGAGGCCUGCCUAGCUUCUCCUAGCGAACAGCGCCACCUUGUGCUCAUUUCUAGGUAUACAUUAUGUAUAUGACUCUCACCAAUCUGUGACAAAAGGAAGGUAUGCUUAGUAUUAGAGCUCACCGCACCAAAGGAUUUCAUUGCCUCAGUGACUGUAUACAGAUGUCAAUUGUAUAUUUGUAAGUAAAACAAAUGGUAAUAAAACAUACAUGUGAAAAUCUCCCAUUGCAUAUAAAUAUAAAGCUUUGAGAACAAGGGUAGGAAACGGUUUUCUCAUUCGGUGACAAGGGCUCGAAAUUACAGCCAAAAUAUUCCAGAGAGCUGACAUCACUGCAACAUAUGGAAACAACCUGCAGAAGUAAUAGGCACCAGAAAUCUUCCUGGCUUCCCGUCCCUCUGAGGUUUUUUAUGCUAAUUUGUCUGGGUUAUGUGCUGCACAGGGGCAGGGUUUUCAUGUUACCUAUAUACAGUAUUUAAUUAGUGUGUUGGGGAGAUCUCUGUUUUAAAUAUUUUGUACUGUUCUGUUUUUCAUUGUGCGUAAUUGCAGUUUAAUAAUAGCUAAGACUGACUCACCGCUGUGGCUGUCGGACUGAAGACAAUAGAGAGCUCCCAUGCAGCCCGUUGAGGGUACCUAUCACCAGGAAACCCCCUAAGUGCUGAGAAAAGCGUCUGUUACUUCUGUCUGCGCUAGCAGAACCUGGGAGGAUUGUUUCCGACAACCUGUGUGGAGGAAGUUUUGGGGCACCGAUUUGUGUGUGUUGUAGGGAGAAGGGUGUUGGGUAUUUGGAAACCCCUGCUGUGUGCACCACUGCUACAUUUGGAAUGUUUACUACCACAGCUGCCUCUCCCUUAUCACAGUGCAUAAUGUCCUGUCAUAUUAAAGAUGUAUACUA